UCGUGUCACCUUUUUAAUUUAAGAUGUUACGCGCAUGUAUAGGCUUCGCAGCCCAUUUAAUCAAAGGAGAAAAGCGCAGAAAAUCGCCGUGCGACGCGUGUAAACAGAGCACCGAGCUAGGAGGAAAUCUGGCGUGUAUUUGCGGGUUAAGCGCCGGACUGGCCUCCUAUAAAUUAUGUAGCAGUAGGAGCCCUCCCAUACCAAUCUUAGCGAAGUGACUGUGCAUGCAAGGUGAUCCGAGAUGAUUGAAACGUAGCCGGAUCGUCAUUGUAAAACACUGAUUAUUUUACUCCCCCCCUCCCUGGGCAGAAGCUGGGGUAGAUCUGGGGCAGGAAGCGCAAACCGUGGGAGCGGUGAGAAGUGGACGCGAACGCGGCGGAAACAUGCCGGCAAUACGCGGCUGCCUCCUGCUCGCCUGCGCUCUGCUCCAGUUUGACGUUUCAGGAUGUUUGUCUGGAGACCACGGCCCUCUUAUGACUGCUCACCGUGUGAAGUGGCCAGUCCUGGUCACCCGGCGUGCCGAGAAGCUUGGGAAGACCGUGGACCUGGGGGUCAUGGGUAGUAGCAUGAAGGUGGUCCGUCACCCACACCAUCACCAGCUGGAUGAGCUGCACCGGCACCCACCAGCCAACCACCUCAGCGAUCUCCCCAGCAAUCUGCCACACGGCCAGUCGCGGGCCAGGAUCGGCAAGCUUCGGCCCGCCUUAAUCACACCCCCCCAUUUCCGGCAGGCACCCCCCGAGCAGGCAGCUGGCUUUCUGGCUCGCACCGAGGACGACGUGAGGGUGGAGAACGCCCCCAUCUCCGUCAGACACCUCGUCACUGUGGCCCUGCAGAUGGACGUCCGCAAGCUGAACAUGUCCUUGUUGCGCUCCUUCCGGGAGGGCAUGGCCGCUGCCCUGGACGUGCUCCCCCAGAGAGUGCACAUCAACGGCCUGGAUGAGAGAAAGAACGGUAUCGAGCUCUACGUGUCGUCGGAUGGACCUGGGCUGGGGGAGCCCCUCCCCUCCAGAGAGGUCAUCCGCUCUCUCAACAUCAACGUCCUCCAUCGGAGCCUGGGCCCAUUCGGGGUCACAGGGGUCACCUCCGAGAAGAACGUGCUGCAGGGCCAGCAUGAGAGGGACAAUGUGUGGACCAAGGAGGGAUUCUACGCAGUGGUCAUCUUCCUUACCAUCUUCGUCAUCGUCGUCACCUGUUUGAUGGUCUUGUACCGGCUCAAGGAGAAGGUUGAGCUCUCAGACCGGCAGUUCAAGGAACCGCCUGGGCAGGAGCUGCACCUGACCCCAAUUCAAGUGCACGCACCGCAGCCACAGGCCAAGCCGGCCCCCAGCAUGGUCCGGGCCGAACCGGCCACGAAGCCUGCCAGCGCCGCCCCCCCUGAGCUCCCGCGAACCCCCUGCCCGGCCACCUCCGAGCCCAGACCCAUACCAUCCCCCAGCCCCUCCCCCUUCAGGAUGAAGCCCAGCGCAGGCCUUCAAGAGCGACGAGGGUCCAAUGUGUCCCUGGUGCUGGACAUGAGCGUCCUGGGGUCCGUGGAGCCGCUGAGCAGCACGGGGGCGACGCCCCGUGAGCGCGUGGCCCAGGAGUACCUGCAGGCGGCCAGCCGCACCCUCUCCCGGCAGCAGCUCCGCGGUGCCGUGCUCAACACGCAGAACCUGCACGCCGAGUUCGUGGAAAUCCCGAUGAAUUUCGUGGAUCCCAAAGAAGUGGACAUUCCCACGCAUGGCACGAAGAACCGAUACCGAACCAUUUUGCCAAACCCCCACUCCAGAGUGAUCUUAAAGACCAAGAAUGCUAACGACCCACUCAGCAGUUACAUCAAUGCCAACUAUAUCCGAGGCUUCCUGGGAUUCGAGAGGGCCUACAUCGCCACCCAAGGGCCCAUGAUCAACACAGUCAACGACUUCUGGCAGAUGGCGUGGCAGGAGAGCUGUCCCGUCAUCGUCAUGAUCACCAAGCUGAAGGAGAAGAAUGAGAAAUGCGUCCUCUACUGGCCGGAGAAGCGAGGCAUCUACGGGAAGGUGGAGGUGCUCGUCGACGGCGUGAGGGAAAGCGAGCACUACACCGUCCGCCAUCUCACUCUGCAGCAAGGGGGCCAGAGCCAUAGCCUGAAGCAUUACUGGUACACCUCCUGGCCGGACCACAAGACCCCCGACAGCGCCCAGCCCCUCCUGCAGCUCAUGGCCGAGGUGGAGGAGGACCGGCAGGCCUCGGGGCCCCGAGGGCCCGUCAUUGUUCACUGCAGUGCUGGGAUCGGCCGGACCGGAUGCUUCAUCGCCACGACCAUAGGGUGCCGGCAGCUGCAGGAGGACGGCACGGUGGACGUGCUGGGCAUCGUGUGCAAGCUUCGAGUGGACAGGGGAGGCAUGAUUCAGACGGGUGAGCAGUACGAGUUCGUCCACCACGCACUGAGCCUCUACGAAAGCCGACUCUCUGCUGACGCUGGCCAAUGAGCGUAGAGCCACACUGUCCAUUCUCUUUUGUUUUAUUUUUGUUCAUCUCCGUGAGGGCCGAGGUUUCCACAAGAGGAACCUAAAGGUAACCCUGUUCUAUGGUCAUCGCGGUCCCGUCAGAAGGGGCAACAUGAUUCAGACCAUCUGGAAUGAGCUUCAUUAUGUUAAACGUUAUGGGAGGAGCUAAGAUGAUUGGCAGGGGGAGGAGGUGGGCUGAUGAACUCGAGUGAGAUGCUCUGUCAGUGAACGUCAUAUUAUUCACUUAGUCUUUUACACCUGUCUUGUUUGCAGUUUUGGUUUCUUGUAAGGCAAUGUAAACACUGUGUCUUGUGGUCAUUUCUCUAUUCAUUCUGGCACCUUUUCGGGUAGUUAAAGUAGGUUUUUGAUAUCUACCAGUUACCUGUUCUUAUAGAAGCUAGAGAUUUUGCCACUUUCAAAGAUUCAUGAUAUAUCAAAGAGCCAUUUGUCACUUAGUAAUUGAACCUUACUGUUUUUUUUUAUUAUUAUUUUGUUUUUUGUUUGUUUUUUUGUUUUUUAAUUUGGUGGCACAUGGGUAGGAGGGUGGGAGAAAAUGACAUCAAGUUUUAUAAACAAUAUUAUAAAGACUGUUAACUGCAAUAUCCUGGAGGCAUUUUCAAGCACCAUACCCCAGCACAAAAAGAGCCAUAAUUAAGACUAGGAGUUUCUGAAAUGGUAGCUUGAGAUGUGUGUGAUCUACUGUACUGGAGACACAGUCUAACUGCCCUUAGCACGGAGUAAAACGUUUUCAUGUCCUCACAGACAUUUCAGUUGCAUUAUGCAGCACUUUCACACGAGCAUUGUUCAGAAAUCCAGAUAUCCCCGUUUUGUCAGGGUUUAAAUUCUUCUUUGAGCAAUUGACCUGGUAAUUACAGCUCACAGAAAGAGCGUGUUCUGUUUUGUAUUUUAUUAUAUAAAAUAUAUCAUCAACAGUAGUGGCAAUUACAGUCAAAACAGUUCAUAUUAUGUAAAUGUAUUAAGUAAAUACACUUUUACAAAUCCUUAUUGUUCAUUGUAAAUUAAAUAUGAAUUUUUUGUAUAUAAUUUCGGUAAUGUAUGCACAUAUGCUCUUAAUUGACUAAAAUUUGGCUCGUGCCAGAUAUUUAGUAAUGUCGGUACUUUUUCCUAGUUAUGAAGCAGUUUGGGAAAAACAGCACUCUCGUUUGUCCGAAAUUAAGACAGUUUUGUUUACAUCACAACUUUAGUCGCAUUACUUACACGGAGUAGUUAAAAUACUCCCCCAUAUAUAAAUAAUGAUGUUCUUAUCAGUUAUUUAUCAAACUCGUACUUUGAGAUACCUCGUAAGGAAUUCACUUGUCUGUUGUUGCAUAUUAUUGAAAACAUUUGAUUGAAUUUUAAAUUUAAAACUACUACUAAUGAUUUUUUUCCACUGUUUAUAUUGAAGUUUUCGGUGCCCUUUGUCGGGUUCGUUUCAUAAGAACGCUUUUCAGCACUGAGCUUUGGGCGAGAGUAAAUCUGAAACACGCCGUUUUUAACCAGUUUAAAUAUAAAUGCAACUAUAUGAUGGCAUUAUUGUAUCAGAAAAUGGCUAGAAAAUGUUCAUGUUUUUUUUUCCUUCCGUGUUUUGUAUGUAGAGAUCUCAUCGCUUAUGCUCACUGGCAUGUGGCCGGCAUCAACCUCGAGCAGACACCUCCUGUACAGCUUUGAGGGCUCUGGUUGUUAAAUAGGCUACAGGCUAUAUGUAUGAUAAACCAUUUUAAUAAUUGUGGGUUUCUGAUCCAUAACACUGAGAGCAUGUUACCAGCAUGAACAUUAUUUCACGAAUAUUAACUGAUAUGUCAGGCGACGUAUUAACUUUCACAGGGUAAACUCUUAGAGACGAGUGCUUCAGGCGUGCACAGUGCAUUAUUAUUAUUAUUAUUAUUAUUAUUAUUAUUAUUAGCCUAUUAUUAUUAUUAUUCGGAUUGGGGCUUGGCUCUGGAUCCGAUGCGUUUCUGCGGUGCUGUUUGCGGCCGCUCCCGAUUUCCUCCGCUUUUCCUCCGCUAAAUGCGACGCGCCUUUUGUAAAGUGUCUCCGUGCACAAGCGGUGUGACCGCGUUUUUAACCCGGUCCUUUUGUGUUUAGUGCCCGUACUGGGAUCCAGCGGUUUUGUGGGGGGAGGGGUUGCGUGCGAAACUUUUAAACGCUUCUGUUUCUGUCCUCGUAUUGUGAAAGAUUACGUGAACGUAAAAGUGCUAUUAUCAACUAUACUUGGAUGGUAUAUCUUUGACGACAUCAGAAAAAAAAAUCUUGCUGCUAAAACUGCAAGUGUUUUAUUUCUACGUAAUGGCAGGAAAGAAAUCAACAGGAACAUUUUUAGGAACUUUUUUGUAUGUAUCGAUUUUUUUAUUAUUUGUGAUACAAAAGUUUUAAAUAUAUUUGUCUACUUACAUUAGGUCUCUGUUGCAGGUGCACUGCACAAUGCCCGUAAUCGAUGUGUAUAAUUACGAAAUGUCUGUGCAUAUCGUGUACUGUUUGUAUAGCUAUUAUCCACUAUGUGGGCUUUAUUGCUGCAGAAGCAAGACGAUGUUUCCCUACAAACGAUUAACCUAAAUGAAUGGUGAAAAGUUCACAGUCUCAUGUAUCAAUAUUAAGUACUUAUAUCUAACAUGUACAUAUAUUUAUGCCUCAAAGUACGCUCUGUCCUGAAGCUGUAAAACAGAACACCUGCUUUUUCUUACACCUCGCUGAAAUAUUUUAGUUGUGACACAACUGGGCUGAUCAAAGAUAAGCGAUGGUUGUCAAAAUGAAAAGUCAUGGUAAAUGUACUCCAAAAAAGUGACUUUGCACAUUCACUUAGCAUUUGUGUAAGCUAUAAUAACAAACAUGUCAGUUGUAAUGUGGGUGUGUUAACUAAAGCCAUACCAUGAAGCGUGUUUACAUAUGUUUGUGUUGUAGUCGGAAACAGAUUUCACUAUAAUGUCGUCUUGUGGAAAGAUCUGUAAUCUUCAGUAGAUUGGACAUUGUGGCUUUCCAUUUUCCUUUUAUUGCUAACUAUGCUGUUGACUUUAUAUUCUGUACUGUCAAUAAACUGAGAUUCAUUUUAAAUUAUUAA